AAAUUGACAUUAAGGAUGCAAUUAAACCAUCUCAACAAUUAGAAACUGAAAUUAAAGAAGCUUUGAAGAAAAACAAUCCAUAUGGUGAAUUAGAAAGAAUUUUUGCAAAAUACGGGAAUGUUUUUUGCACAAAAUUCUCUAUGGGUGGAAGAUUAACAAAACUAAACGGAUUUCCGCUCACUGAACAUGCAAUCAAGUAUGUGUCAAAUAACAUAUUUGAAGACUUCGAAAACCAUCAAGAAACUCUAAAUACAUGGAUUAACCUUCUUGAUCGAUUUAAAAUGGAUAAAAAUAUGUAUAUCAUAGAAGAAAGUUCAGCACACGCAUUAGCAAUUACAAAUGAUAAUAUUGAUGAUUGGGAAAAAUCGGUUUCAAAGAAUCUGGACUCUUGGCAAGUUGUUAAUCGUCAGCAGUUUAUACCUUUAUAUAAACUUUUCAAAGAUAGUAUUCAAAAAGAAAUCGAGUUCUUGCAUAGUAAUGAAGUUAGAAUUUUAAUGACAGGAAUUUCUAAACUUAAAAAUAAUAAAAUUAGAUACUAUUAUGAAAAUUUUAAUCAACCAUUAGAAAGCGACGAAUAUCAAGUAAUUGGAUCUAUAGUUUCUGAUGGCUCAGAAGAAGUAAAUUUAUCAGUGAGCUUUCAAAUGUUAACUGUUUCAGGAUUUUCAAUUGUUAUUGAAGAGCUUGAUAAUAAAAUUUGUUGGCAAUUAAUUGGAAAUCCAUUAUCUGUUAAAUACUUUAGCAAAAAUAAUAGAAAUAUCCGAGUUAUAAGUGGCAUUAAAAACACUAUGUUUACGCAAGAAGAAAUUGAUCAAAGGAUUGAUAUAGAAGAAAUUGAUCAAAGGAUUGAUAUAGAAAAAACAGGAGAAAACUUUACGUCAAAUUGUGUUAUCGCAACUUCUUUUAAAUUUUCUCCAAUAAAUUUUAGACCUAAACUUGAA